GGUAUAAAAGAUACUACACUAAAUACAUCGACGUCAAGAAGGGAGGCCUGGGUGGUAUCUCCAUGCUGCUUGCUGGUUAUGUUGUUGUCAGCUACAUCUGGAGCUACAGCCACCUGAACUGUGUUUACUACACUAAAUACAUCGACGUCAAGAAGGGAGGCCUGGGUGGUAUCUCCAUGCUGCUUGCUGGUUAUGUUGUUGUCAGCUACAUCUGGAGCUACAGCCACCUGAAGCAUGACCGCCGCAGGAAGUACCACUGA